AUGAUUUGCAAAUUCAAAGGCCGGCCAGCCGAUCAUCUUCCGGAACCUCUUCUGGGAGCCGGCGACGGCUACGCUGACUACCUCUGCAUUUCGCCCGACGACCGCACCACCACCUGGCUACAGGACCCUAGUAGCAGCAGCCCAAACAGGUUUGUGCCCAUCGGUCAGAUCGUGUCGUCCCAGACCUCGGACACGGAGCCAACAUCACUCGUCCCCAACAACUUUCCAGCAUCGACGCAGUAA